CACACACCCACACCAAGUCGCUUCCGAGUGCGUCAGCAUCACAGCACGUUGUGUAGGCUAUUUAUUUAUUUAUUUAAAUCUCUCAAGAGGUGAGGAUAAUUAUUAGAAAAGAGCAGCCGCACGGCCCGACAGAACAACAAGUACCAACUCUGAGAAGAGGAGCGAGCCGAGCGGAAAUCGCCCGAUGAGGCGUUGUGCGUUCCGCCUGUGAGCGACCAGCAGGUCCCCGAGCUCCCAGUUGGUGGCCGAGCUGACGCUGUGAUGUGAGGCUCAACUCAUCCGCCACUGUUCCCUCUGCAGCCCGUCCUCCCGGAGCAUGGGACCCCGCGAACUCUGAAGGAAGUGGGAGUCACUCUCCCAACUGUUCCAGUCGCAGCUGAAGAAAAGGGGUUUUCUGGUUGUGUUGGCAUCAGACGGACCGAGUCUUUCGCUCACUUUCUGAUCCUCUCCUCUCAGUGAGAGGAUCAGAAGAUUCCAACCAGCCUGGAGGUGAACACAGAGACCGGAGGGAACCAUGGAGUCCAUUCUAUCAGAGCAGUCUGCCUCGGUGGACGAGCUGGUGGAGGCCUGCAUCCAAGCCUUCGAUGAGAAAGGCACUUUGAAGGACGCUUCCCUGGUCCGCAUGUUCCUCAUGAUGCAUCCCUGGUACAUCCCUUCCACCGACAUGGCCAGGAAGCUUGUGCUUCUAUCCCGAGAGGAGAGCUGCACCGAGGAACGUCGAACGAGAAUAUGCCACCUUGUCAAGUACUGGAUCUCUGAGUUCCCUGCUGAGUUCAAUCUGAACCCUGAGCUGGAGGAACAGAUCAAAGACUUUAAAGACCUCCUGACCACCGAAGGCAACGAGAGGCAGAGUCAGCUCAUCGACUUGGACAGCGUGCCGUCGUAUAAAUGGAAGCGGCAGGUGACUCAGCGUGUCCCAUCUGUGUCUAAAAAGAGGAAAAUGUCUCUGCUGUUCGACCACCUUGAUUCAUCUGAGCUGGCAGAGCACCUGACCUUCCUGGAGUACAAAUCCUUCUGCAAGAUUCUGUUUCAGGACUACCACAGCUUCGUGAUGCACGGCUGCACGGUGGACAACCCCAUCCUGGAGCGCUUCAUCACGCUUUUCAACAGCGUCUCCCAGUGGAUCCAGCUCAUGGUGCUCAGCAAGCCCACCGCCCCUCAGAGAGCAGCUGUCAUCUCCCAUUUCAUCAGGGUGGCGCAGAAACUGCUUCACCUGCAGAACUUCAACACCUUGAUGGCUGUGGUGGGCGGCCUCAGCAACAGCUCCAUCUCCCGCCUCAAAGACACCCAGAGCCACAUCAGCGCUGAGACCAACAAGGUUUUUAACAACCUCAUCGAACUGGUGACGUCAUGCGGAAACUACAGCCAGUACCGCAAACGCUUCUCCGAGUGCUCGGGCUUCCGCUUCCCCAUCCUCGGCGUGCACCUGAAGGACCUGAUAGCCGUCCACGUGGCGCUGCCGGACUGGGCCGACAAGGAGAAGACGCGCGUGAACCUGGCCAAAACCCAGCAGCUCUACGCCAUCCUGCAGGAGCUGACCCUGAUCCAGACCACUCCGCCGCACAUCGAGUCCAACCCUGACCUGCUCAACCUGCUCACAGUAUCACUGGACCAAUACCACACUGAGGAAGAGAUCUACCAGAUGUCUCUACAGAGAGAACCACGCAAGCCAGCUCAGAACUCCAGCCCUGCCCCGGUGCCUGAAACUAAGCCCACUAUGAUUGAUGAGUGGGCCGUGUCGGUGAAACCCAAUGCUGACCCAACGAUCAUUAAGAAACACAUAGAGAAGAUGGUGGAGAGUGUCUUCAAGAACUUUGACACAGAUGGUGACGGCUACAUCUCCAGGGACGAGUUUGAAGCAAUCAGGAACAAUUUCCCUUACCUCAGCAAGUUUGGAGAGCUGGACAAGAACCAAGACGGGAAGAUCAGCAGAGAGGAGAUGAUCGACUUCUUCUUGAAAGCCAGUUCUCUGCUGAACUGCAAGAUGGGCUUCAUCCAUACCUUCACAGAGACCACCUACGUGAAGCCAACGUUCUGCGAGCACUGCGCUGGCUUUAUAUGGGGCUUUUACAAACAAGGCUACAAGUGUAAAGCCUGCGGGGUCAACUGCCACAAGGCCUGCCGCAGCCGCCUGGCCGUGGAGUGCAGGAAGAGAACCAAGAGCAUCAGCCAUGAGACUCCGCCUGCCCUGCAGGCCCGGUCCUACAGCUUCCCACCACCCGCAAACACCCCGCCCAGCCUGCAGAACACAGUCAUUGCAGAAGAGGACAUAGAGACGGUCGAGGAGGGAGUAUUUGAUGUCCAUCUAUAACCAGGAGCCUUUAACUGCAGGCUGUGUUCUGGGAGCGGGCCGCUGCCUGUCCUCAGCCCCUUCCACCCUGAAGCCCAACGCCAACCCCAGCCUACGGUGGUGUUCACAAAGCCAGAUCAGAGAACCGAACCCGGCGGAGAACGUUCUGUCACUAAGACAACAUGUUAGUGAUAGAACCCUCUGAACACAGUACCACACGGUGGUCUCACGCUGGAACAGCGUGCUGUCUUUACCUAAUCGAUGGUGCAACGUGUGUGUUGAUUCACUCUGCAGAUAGUGUUCAUGUUUAGAACUAUGGGAUGUCUUUAUUCUCCUGUAUUUAAAAAAAGAAAAAAGAAAAAACAAUCUAUCAAACUGUAUUUUCUCAGUGAAACUUUAGAGUCCUGUGCAUCUUGAGGUGGAUGUCUGCUCUCCUUCAGAACUUUAAAGAGGUGCUGUUAUUGCCAAGAAUGUAAAGCUGCCACACAGACUAAGCUAUUGUCUCCUUUUCUCUGAGAUGCUCUUGUUUUUUUUUGUCGUGUUUUUCUUGUUUUGUUUUCCUCUGCGCCGUUUUGUCAAGUAUGUAUUUGAGCGGAGCCAUAACGAGGACCCAAUUUUGAUGUCAGAUGAUAUAUAUUGUUGCUUUGUGGAAACCGUGACAAAAGCAUCUGCUGGGCAGACAAAAGCGACAGCAGAAAGGAGUGUUUAGACGUUUGUGAUUAGAGCGCUGGCAGACGCCGCCGUUGUUUUUGUCACGCUUCCCUUCGUGUCGCUGGCCGUCCUGUAGUGAACGCUGUGCCGUUUUCACCAUACCGUGAUCGUGAGCCCAGCAGAGACAGACAAACGCUGCCGUCACACAGGAUCCGUCCUUCCCUCACAAAUUUGACAGCAGUUUCCUAAAGGGGUUCAAAGCGGGGAAGUGAAACUGAAAUCACCUAAGGAGGGAUUUUUUUAUUAUUGUUAUUAUAACUCGAUAGCAGCCUGUAGAAAAAUAUUCCUGAGAAUCUUGGAUUUUGCCUUUUUUGUUUUGUUUCUAUUCUGCACGUCGCCUCUGAAGUACUUCCGUAUAGUAGAAGUUUGGUGGUGUCUGACGUGGGGAACUCCAGCGCCGCUGCCUGAGGAGAGAUGAAUUCGGACGUGGAGCUGCGUUUUGCAAGCUGCCGCAUUGUCACUGAAUGAGACUCCGUGCUGGUGAUCCUUUGCUGCAUGAGUUACUGGCUGCUCAGUGUUGAUGGCCGCCUCGCUAUGUGUGACCAGAACCUCGCCAUGAUGUUCUCUCAUGGCUUCCAAAUGAUUCCUCAGUAUUAAAAGCAGCAGCUGUUGAAAUAAGUGUUGUUCUAAAAAUGUUUGUGAUUAAUAAGAAUGAUAUUACUUUAAAAAAAUGAGUUUGUGUAUUUUUUUUCCACAGAUAUUUGUCUUUGCUUAAUUUUAUGUAGAAAUGCUCAUUUGUAUGCAAGACGGAAAGAUUUUCUGAUUCGCCAUUGCUGUCUUGACUGAGGCAUGUCA